ACUCUCGUUGUCUUUAUUUGUCUUUUUUUCUUCGUGUUCAAGAAGGCGCAGUGCUCUCCGUGUUUUGAUUUUGAAGUUUGACAUAGUCGUUUGAAACAUUUUCUUUUUGAACUAGAAUUUGUUUCUCACCCACCUCGCUUCGUUGGUUGUAUCUUGAAUGAAAUAUCUUUCGUAUCCUUUGACAUGUAAAACAUAUCAAAUACAUGAAAGAGAAGGUUAGGUUUGUGAGGAACCGUACAACCUCAUAGUCACAAAAUAAAUCAAAAUAUCUCUCACGAGAAUAAUAAGUGUAUGAUGGACGCGAAAACACGUUCAAAAAUAAUAAAAACUCAUGAUUCAGCAGAUGCUAAAACUGCUACUAUAGAAGAUACUCAAGGAACUUAUAGCGAUAUGUGCUCAAGUUCAGAUUUUCCAAGCAGUCAAGAGUGCUUUUCUGUCGGCUGGGAUUGGUCUGGUCAAAAAAGCAAUAAACCCUCCAUUAGGGUUAUUGAACGACCUGUGCAUAAACGUACAAAAGCUGUUGAGCUUAUCCAGUGCGUAAAGAACAGGCAGUUUGUGAGGGAAUGUGAUCCUGAAAUGUUUGAUGCUUCUAAUUUUGUUGACAAGUUAAAAUCGCUUGCAGCUGGAUUUAAAUCAGGUGUACCUGAGUCAACUUCACCUGUAGCCUCACCACCUCCUUCAAAUAGGCGGCAGGAUUUACUUGUUACACCCACUGCUUUAAGAAAACCAACAGCCUCGUCUAAAUCAGAAUCAUCUAGUAAUUCCACUACUACUUUUGCUACAACAAGUUCAUUAAGUUUUGAAGGUGUCAAAGAAAAUUUAAAUGAUUUGCUGGACGACUCAUUAGGGGCAGAUUUAUUGAAAUGCACUCAAGAUUUGGAACAAGACUACAACCAAAAAGAGCUCAAAACUCCAUCUCUACCAGAGGUUCGCCUUUCAAGCUCCAAAAGAAAGCACCGGCUGAGCUUGAGCUCCAAGAAGAACUCCAAAACAGUAUGUAGAAGAAUUAAUGAUGUUUAUGAAAAACAACCUGUUGAAAAUCAGAAGACUGUGUUAGUUCACACCGAGAAAAGUCAAGAUAGGCAAAACAAUAACAAAGGUGGCUCAUCCAAAAAUGAAAUUAUCUUUGAUGAUUUUGAUGAUGCAGCUUUGCUAACACUUGGUGAAUUGGAGGAGAAAGUUGUGAAGUCCAAAUCCAUGAUGCCUGAUAAAGAAAGCAUUUAUAAUGCUGAUAUUUCUAACUCCAAAAAUAUUCCAGGGUCAUGUAAUGCUCUUGAAGAUGAUGAAUUUAUUUCACCAGAAAUUCUCAACAUGUUAGAUGCCUGUGAAAAAAAAGCAACCCAGGAGAAACCUGGGCCAUCAAACUCAUCGUUCCCAGCUGCAAGUGAGGCUAACAGGCAUCAACCUUCCAUGUCAAAGAAACAGGUUGUGCCUCCAUGUAAAAGUUCAUCAUCUAAAUUUUUGUUGCAUUCAAAAGAGCAUGAGAAGUCUUGUAGUAAAGUGAGAGCAGAGGCCAACAGUCAUCAUCCUUCUAAGAGAGAAGUUGCACCUCUAUCAGCUGAAGGUGAUCAUCAAGGUUCAUCAUCAAAAAAUUUGUUGGAUUGGAUCGAAGAAGAACAUGAAAAAUCCAUGCAUAAAAUGAGAGGAGAAGCGACCAAUCACCAACCUCCCAAAAAGUCUCUCUCAAGGGCUGAUGCUGUAUUAAAAUGUACACCAGAAGAGAUUGAAAAGAAACGGCAAGAAGCCAGGAAACGUCUGCAAUUAAAAAAAAGGCCACGAUAGCAUGUUUGGGUUUGCCAACCAAUCCUGACCUUAUUUUUAAUUAAUCAAUGAAAUCUUAACACAACUAUGGCUGUAUAGUAAUAAUUAUUUUUGUGUUUAUGCAAUUUACUCACAUAUAAAACCUGCCUCUCCA